AUGCGGGCUAACCGCCCCGGCUCCCAGAAGUCACAGGCGGGCGCUGGGUGCAUUCGAUACGUCAAGGGGACUGUCGCGAAUCUCACGAUGCAGCCAUUCGCAGACGAAGAGUCCACAAUGAUGGAUGCCGAGCGGAGGGGGUUAUGUAACGGCGCGUCAGUAAAGUAUCCCGGGCCCUCGGAGACCAACGACAGCGAAGCAAAACGGAAGAGCAUGCUGCACGAUGAUGACAACGACGACGAGGAGUGGGAGCGGGAGAAAAAGAGAGCAAGGUGA